AUUUUAUAUCUUUACUUUUUAAUUAUAAGCAGUCUCUACCAGAUAGGUUUCCACAAUGACGACAGUUCGCCCUUUUACAUGUGAUGAUUUAUUUCGCUUUAAUAAUGUAAACUUGGAUCCUCUGACAGAAACAUAUGGAAUACCAUUCUACUUGCAGUAUUUGGCCCAUUGGCCAGAGUACUUCAAAGUCUGUGAGGCUCCUUGUGGUAAAAUCAUGGGGUACAUAAUGGGUAAAGCAGAAGGCUCUGUAUCCCAGGAAACUUGGCAUGGUCACGUGACGGCCUUGACAGUGGCUCCUGAGUACCGUCGUUUAGGCUUGGCAGCAACAUUAAUGAAUAUUUUAGAAGAGGUGUCAGAACAGAAAAAAGCAUUUUUUGUUGACCUAUUCGUUCGAGUCUCCAACAAAGUGGCAACAUCAAUGUAUGAACGUCUAGGGUAUGUAAUCUAUCGACGAGUACUUGAGUAUUACUCAGGCGAUCCGGAUGAAGAUGCUUUUGAUAUGCGGAAAGCAUGUUCAAGAGAUAAGGAAAAGAAGUCGAUGCAGCCCAUUAAGGAUCCUGUAAGGCCUGAAGAUGUAGAAUGACAUUAGGCCCACCUGCAUUCACUAGAUCCAACUGGAUGCGGCACUUACAAACACUCAAUUAUGGAAUGUCCAUUUCAACACUGAUAUGGAAUUAUUUUAAACCUUCAUAAUAAAAGAUAUUUGUAUUUUAUUACCAGUGUGUCAAUGGCCGAAAGGUCCACUGAUUAAUCUCAGAUAAGAAAGUAUAAUACAUACUCCAAGUAUUAAAAUACACGCCAAGUAUUGAAAUACAAUUCAAUAGAAUAUCUAGGAAUGCUGACACGGGUGGCCUUUUAGAGGGGGUGGGGGUGCGGGUGCAAAUGAGAGGCUCAGUGAGGGGAUCCUAGCAAAAUAGUGUGAUUUUAUAAAGUUAUUUUGGACUAAUUUAGUUUUUGCUUUAAAGCAAAUUGAAAUUCCCAGUAUUGCAGUUGAAUUGUGAAUCUAUUUUUGGGGGAUCGUGCACCCGUCCGUAGUCACACCACUGCUGUGUGUGCUAUUUUCACUAAUUCAGGAAUGAUGGCUGUACACAGACAUGCUAAGUCUUAUCUGAUGCGGCUUGGCUUUGGAGGCAGUUUCAAUGAGAGGAUCCUUUUUUGUUCUGCCUUCAUCUGAAUCUUUAACUUCUUUGCUAGACAACAGGUGCUAAUUUGUUUAUAUGAGAAUUGGUCCGAGAUACCACCCAGUACUUUUAAUUAUUAUACUGUAUAUAGGCUUAUUCAUUGUGUUUGUUGGAAAUUCUAGUUUGUACUCUCAUGUCUGGACCUGGGUUGCCAAAUAGGCAGCAGGCUUCACGGCCAAACUUAGGCAAAAUUCUAAUUGUAUUGCCAGAUAAUAUUUGACUUAAAACAAGUCAAUAUCACACUGACGUAAUUCAGUGCGCAAUUUUCAACAACUGCUUUUAAAACAGAUUAAAUGAGUAAUCUUGACGCUGUGGAUAUUUACUUAUUGUUAUUGGCAAUAAAUUUUCACAAAUUCGGCCAUGGCAUUUUAUUUUAUUUUAUAUUUUUAUUUUUUUAUAUUUUAUGAUAAGUCCUCUAUGCACUUCACAUUAUCAUUACCCUAGUGAUGGGAUUAAACGCCUACAGAGUAUUCUAUAACUUUGCUGUAGAUAAUCAGCACAUUUUAACCCUAAAAGGUACCCGCUUGUACUCCUGGGUGGAGAGAAGAAAUACAAAUAAAAUGCCUUGCUCAAGACCAAGACGUUGAGGUUGGGAAACCAAACCGUUCCACGGUCUAGACAUAUUCAUGGCCCAUGUUUCUAAAUUUAAUAGUUAAUAUUGUAAUAAUCAUUCAAAAAUAAA